AAGGCGGGGCCAAGAUGGCGGCGCAGCGCGCGGCGGGGGCGUGGGGCGGCGGGGGCUGGGGGGCGGUGGGACGUUGACCCCGCCCCCUACUGCUGCCAGUCUGCGCCGGGCGGCGGCGGCGGCGGCGGCGGCGGCGGAGACCCGAACAUGGCGACGUCGCGCACCUUCGGGCCCGAGCGGGAAGCCGAGCCGGCCAAGGAAGCGCGCGUCGUGGGCUCGGAGCUCGUGGACACUUACACGGUUUACAUCAUACAGGUCACUGAUGGCAGCCAUGAGUGGACGGUAAAGCACCGCUACAGCGACUUCCAUGACCUGCAUGAGAAGCUCGUUGCAGAGAGAAAGAUUGAUAAAAAUCUGCUUCCGCCCAAAAAGAUAAUUGGGAAAAACUCAAGAAGCUUGGUGGAGAAGAGGGAGAAGGAUCUGGAGGUCUACCUCCAGAAACUCCUGGCUGCCUUCCCUGGCGUGACUCCCAGAGUACUGGCCCACUUCUUGCAUUUUCACUUCUAUGAGAUAAAUGGCAUCACUGCAGCACUGGCUGAAGAGCUCUUUGAGAAAGGAGAACAGCUCCUGGGGGCCGGCGAGGUCUUUGCCAUUGGACCCCUGCAGCUGUAUGCCGUCACGGAGCAGCUGCAGCAGGGAAAGCCCACGUGCGCCAGUGGGGAUGCCAAGACUGACCUCGGGCACAUCCUCGACUUCACCUGUCGCCUUAAGUACCUUAAGGUUUCUGGCACAGAAGGACCUUUUGGGACCAGCAACAUUCAGGAGCAGCUCCUGCCAUUCGACCUAUCAAUAUUCAAGUCCCUGCAUCAGGUGGAGAUAAGUCACUGUGAUGCUCAGCACAUCAGAGGGCUGGUCGCAUCAAAGCCCACCUUAGCCACGCUGAGUGUCCGCUUCUCAGCAACCUCGAUGAAGGAAGUCCUUGUUCCUGAAGCCUCAGAAUUUGAUGAGUGGGAGCCUGAAGGCACAGCCCUAGAAGGCCCUGUGACUGCCGUCAUCCCCACUUGGCAGGCAUUGACCACGCUUGACCUGAGCCACAACAGCAUCUCCGAGAUCGACGAGUCUGUGAAACUGAUCCCAAAGAUUGAGUUCCUGGACCUGAGUCACAAUGGAUUGCUGGUUGUGGACAAUUUGCAGCACCUGUAUAACCUUGUGCAUCUGGACCUGUCCUACAACAAGCUCUCCUCCUUGGAAGGGCUUCACACCAAGCUGGGGAACAUCAAGACCUUAAACCUGGCAGGCAACCUCCUGGAGAGUCUGAGUGGCCUACACAAGCUCUACUCACUGGUCAACCUGGAUCUCCGGGACAACAGGAUCGAACAGAUGGAGGAGGUCCGGAGCAUAGGCAGCCUCCCGUGUCUGGAGCACGUGUCUCUGCUGAACAACCCUCUGAGCAUCAUCCCCGACUACCGGACCAAGGUGCUGGCUCAGUUCGGAGAGAGGGCCUCAGAGGUCUGUCUGGAUGACACAGUGACCACAGAGAAGGAGCUGGACACGGUGGAAGUGCUGAAAGCAAUUCAGAAAGCCAAGGAGGUCAAGUCCAAACUGAGCAACCCAGAGAAGAGGGGUGGCGAAGACUCCCGGCUCUCAGCUGCCCCCUGCAUCAGACCCAGCAGCUCCCCUCCCACUGUGGCUCCCGCAUCUGCCUCCCUGCCCCAGCCCAUCCUCUCCAACCAAGGAAUCGUGUUCGUUCAGGAGGAGGCCCUGGCCAGCAGCUUCUCGUCCACUGACAGUCUGACUCCCGAGGACCAGCCCAUUGCCCAGGGAUGUUCUGAUUCCUUGGAGUCCAUCCCUGCAGGACAGACUGUCUACCUCGACCCUUGCAUGGCACAAGGAGCAGUCAGAUGCCGGAUCCCUGGAGAGUGGCGAGAGGCUCUGGCCCUGGGUUGGGAGUGUGGGAAUCGCAGCCCUGCUGUGUACUGGUGGAAUAGCCAAGCAGCAUCUGAUGAUUUAAGGGACGUGCCGGGAGCUGUUGGUGGUGCAAGCCCAGACCAUGCCGAGCCGGAGGUCCAGGUGGUGCCCGGGUCUGGCCAGAUCAUCUUCCUGCCCUUCACCUGCAUUGGCUACACAGCCACCAACCAGGACUUCAUCCAGCGCCUGAGCACGCUGAUCCGGCAGGCCAUCGAGCGGCAGCUGCCUGCCUGGAUCGAGGCUGCCAACCAGCGAGAGGAGGGCCAGGGCGAGGAGGAGGAGGAGGAGGAGGAGGAGGAGGAUGUUGCUGAGAACCGCUAUUUUGAAAUGGGGCCCCCGGACGUGGAGGAGGAGGAGGAAGGAGGCCAGGGGGAGGAAGAGGAGGAGGAGGAAGAGGAGGAUGAAGAGGCCGAGGAGGAGCGCCUGGCUCUGGAGUGGGCCCUGGGUGCGGACGAGGACUUCCUGCUGGAGCACAUCCGCAUCCUCAAGGUGCUGUGGUGCUUCCUGAUCCAUGUGCAGGGCAGUAUCCGCCAGUUCGCCGCCUGCCUUGUGCUCACCGACUUUGGCAUCGCGGUCUUCGAGAUCCCGCACCAGGAGUCUCGGGGCAGCAGCCAGCACAUCCUCUCCUCCCUGCGCUUUGUCUUCUGCUUCCCACAUGGCGACCUCACCGAGUUCGGCUUCCUCAUGCCAGAGCUGUGUCUGGUGCUCAAGGUACGGCACAGUGAGAACACGCUCUUCAUCAUCUCAGACGCCGCCAACCUGCAUGAGUUCCAUGCCGACCUGCGUUCAUGCUUUGCACCCCAGCACAUGGCCAUGCUCUGUAGCCCCAUCCUCUACGGCAGCCACACCAGCCUGCAGGAGUUCCUGCGCCAGCUGCUCACCUUCUACAAGGUGGCUGGCGGCUGCCAGGAGCGCAGCCAGGGCUGCUUCCCCGUCUACCUGGUCUACAGCGACAAGCGCAUGGUGCAGACAGCCGCCGGGGACUACUCAGGCAACAUCGAGUGGGCCAGUUGCACGCUCUGUUCAGCAGUACGGCGCUCCUGCUGCGCGCCGUCUGAGGCCGUCAAGUCCGCCGCCAUCCCCUACUGGCUAUUGCUCACACCCCAGCACCUCAACGUCAUCAAGGCCGACUUCAACCCCAUGCCCAACCGUGGCACCCACAACUGUCGCAACCGCAACAGCUUCAAGCUUAGUCGCGUGCCGCUCUCCACCGUGCUGCUGGACCCCACACGCAGCUGCACCCAGCCUCGGGGCGCCUUUGCUGACGGCCACGUGCUGGAGCUGCUCGUGGGGUACCGCUUUGUCACUGCCAUCUUCGUGCUGCCCCAUGAGAAGUUCCACUUCCUGCGUAUCUACAGCCAGCUGCGGGCCUCGCUGCAGGACCUAAAAACUGUGGUCAUCGCCAAGACCCCUGGGACGGGAGGCAGUCCCCAGGGCCCCUUUGCGGAUGGCCAGCCUGCUGAGCGCAGGGUCAGCAAUGACCAGCGUCCCCAGGAGGUUCCAGCAGAGGCUCUGGCCCCAGCCCCAGCGGAAGUCCCAGCUCCAGCCCCCGCAGCAGCCUCAGCCUCAGGCCCAGCGAAGACUCCGGCCCCAGCAGAGACCUCAACUUCAACUUUGGUCCCAGAGGAGACCCCAGUGGAGGCUCCAGCCCCACCCCCAGCCGAGGCCCCUGCCCAGUACCCGAGUGAGCACCUCAUCCAGGCCACCUCGGAGGAGAAUCAGAUCCCCUCGCACUUGCCUGCCUGCCCGUCACUCCGGCACGUCGCCAGCCUGCGGGGCAGCGCCAUCAUCGAGCUCUUCCACAGCAGCAUUGCUGAGGUUGAAAACGAGGAGCUGAGGCACCUCAUGUGGUCCUCGGUGGUGUUCUACCAGACCCCAGGGCUAGAGGUGACCGCCUGCGUGCUGCUCUCUACCAAGGCUGUAUACUUUGUGCUCCACGACGGCCUCCGCCGCUACUUCUCAGAGCCACUACAGGAUUUCUGGCAUCAGAAAAACACCGACUACAACAACAGCCCCUUCCACAUCUCCCAGUGCUUUGUGCUAAAGCUUAGUGACCUGCAGUCCGUCAAUGUGGGGCUUUUCGACCAGCAUUUCCGGCUGACGGGUUCCACCCCGUUGCAGGUGGUCACGUGCUUGACGCGGGACAGCUACCUGACGCACUGCUUCCUCCAGCACCUCAUGGUCGUGCUGUCCUCUCUGGAACGCACGCCCUCACCGGAGCCUGUUGACAAGGACUUCUACUCCGAGUUUGGGAACAAGACCACAGGGAAGAUGGAGAACUAUGAGCUGAUCCACUCUAGUCGUGUCAAGUUCACCUACCCCAGUGAAGAGGAGAUUGGGGACCUGACGUUCAUUGUGGCCCAAAAGAUGGCUGAGCCAGAGAAGGCCCCAGCCCUCAGCAUCCUGCUGUAUGUGCAGGCCUUCCAGGUGGGCAUGCCACCCCCUGGGUGCUGCAGGGGCCCCCUGCGCCCCAAGACACUCCUGCUCACCAGCUCUGAGAUCUUCCUCCUGGAUGAGGACUGUAUCCACUACCCGCUGCCCGAGUUCGCCAAAGAACCGCCGCAGAGAGACAGGUACCGGCUGGACGAUGGCCGCCGCGUCCGGGACCUGGACCGAGUGCUCAUGGGCUACCAGACCUACCCACAGGCCCUCACCCUCGUCUUUGAUGAUGUACAAGGUCAUGACCUCAUGGGCAGUGUCACCCUGGACCACUUUGGGGAGGUGCCAGGUGGCCCAGCCAGAGCCGGCCAGGGCCGUGAAGUCCAGUGGCAGGUGUUUGUCCCCAGUGCCGAGAGCCGAGAGAAGCUCAUCUCGCUGCUGGCUCGCCAGUGGGAGGCCCUGUGUGGCCGUGAGCUGCCUGUCGAGCUCACCGGCUAGCCCAGGCCACAGCCAGCCAUCACCGCCUGCCGUGUCUAGCCUGGUGGCUACUGGGGCAGGGCAGCAGGCUUUUGUGUUCUCUUAAAAUGUUUUCUCCUCCCUUUGGUACCUUAAUUUGACUGUCCUCGCAGAGAAUGUGAACGUGUGUGUGUUGUGUUAAUUCUUUCUCAUGUUGGGAGUGAGAAUGCCGGGCGCCUCCAGGGCUGUCGGUGUGCUGUCAGCCUCCCACAGGUGGUGCGGCCGUGCACACCUGUGUCGUGUCUGCUGUUGUGGGACCGUUGUUAACACGUGAUGCUGUGGGUCUGACUUUCUCUUCUACACGUCCUUUCUUGAAGUGUCGAGUCCAGUCCUUUGUUGCUGUUGCUGUCAUUGUGGGCAUCUUGCUGCUAAUCCUGAGGCUGGUAGCAGAAUGCACAUUGGAAGCUCCCACCCCAUGUUGUUCUUCAAGGUGGAGGUCUCCCCUGAUCCAGACAAGUGGGAGAGCCCGUGGGGGCAGGGGACCUGGAGCUGCCAGCACCAAGUGUGAUUCCUGCUGCCUGUGUUCUCUAUUCCAAUAAAGCAGAGUUUGACACUGUC